CAGACUCGGACUCUAGAGUAUGUUACUACGCAUGUCUGUCACGGUACGACUAUGACAUUGUACGCGGUAUCUAUCUGUCUCUCUCUACACCGCGGCCCUAUCAGCCGCGAGGCGAUAUUCCAUGUCGAACGCGCGAUCUCGUCAAUUGGCCUAUUUCAAAGACAACAUUCAGUCGCAGGACGACCAGGUUCCCCGUAGAAUAUUACUCAAUUACUCAGCCUUCUCAGGAUGAAUUCGAUGCAUCCAGAUACUACUACAACCGUGAUGACCAAGUACUUACCGCACCAUCUAGUUCCAAGAUAACGUGUCGUCCGCGUCACUGCCCCGAUACCUAGGCCUUAGGUUCAGCUGCCGGAGCAGUAACUUCUUCACCAUUUACUGGAGGGACUGCUGGUCCGUCAUCAUUUUCAGCUUCAAACCAGUAAAUAUUUAAAACUACAGGUAAUUUCUCCUCGCACGCGACGCACGCGAUCGCUGGGCAAAAUUCUAUGACGCCGCACUGCCCCAUGUCAUUAUUCUCAAUAGAUCUCAAUCUCAGAGCUCAAUUGUAUAACAGGUUCGCUCCAUCUAGUGAUCUGCUUGCGAUGUUAAGUAGAGGGAUAUCUACGGGUUCAAAUGAGCCAUCUCAAACUGGUCAGAGUUUACUGGAUAGCUCAAAUAGUAAAAAAGCGUUGUAAUUUAAAGUCUCAACCCUUAUAGUCUCGUUUUUUAGCUGACACCACAAAUCAACCCUUGGUGUCUGGGGGGCAUAUUGCACAUAUUCCGCCAAACCGAGAGACUCGCAGAGUACCAUUUGAUAUGUCCGAUUUCCCAGCACUCGCCGGGUCCCAUCCCUGUGUCGUCAGUUAACUUCUAAGUAUGGUAACAACUUAAACCCAGUCAUGUCUCGCUACCACAUUGUACCUCACGCGAACCGUACCUAUUCAGUGUAUGCUCUUCAUUACACUAGCAACACAUGCUUUUCCAUUAGACUGGAGGAGGAUAUGCCUGGGGUCAGCAGCCUGCCCUGCAAUGACAAUACAAUGACUAUUGGUAAGGACCCAACACCAAUGGACGCACUUACGUCGGCAGAAAUACAUCAACUAACAUCAGAAGUUCUUCAUAGUGACAAUCCUCCAGAGAAGCGACUGUCAACACAUCCAACAUCACUCAACUACGGCCAAGAUAGCAAUUCAAACUUUGCAAUACAGUCAGAAGACUUCCCAGCAUUGCCGGGUAGCCAAGUGGUCGCACUACGUCAAGAUCAUGAAGAUGGACGCAUCAAGACAAUUAGCGCAUUCAGCAGAGCCAGAGUUUUGCCACAAAACUGAAUGACAGCGCGCAGGCCCCCCAUAGUACAGUACUCGAAGAAUGCAGUUCUCUGCGUUGUGUAGCGUACAACAACUCACCUGAAGAUCAACUCCAAUUCAGGUUGCCCCGAGAGCUUAAAUCAAGGCGCACUGGUCACUGGUCUGAUGGCGGGAAAUGCAAUUGAUGUUGAUUUGACAAAAAAAGCGCGAAAUUACCGUGAGAUCCUUGUCCUUUGUUUGACUGUUGACAUCAUCUCAUUUGCAAGUAAAUGUAGACACGCAUGAACCAUCAGCGUCGCGGGGUGCGGUGAGUUCAUGUUCGCACGCUUGAUGUGAAAAGCAUUACCUAGGUAUCAUCAAGUUGCAGUCUAUCCACUGCCGCUUUUGAUCGUCAUGCAUCAGGAUUAGCAGCACUAUCGCCAGACUCCUUAAAUGAUCGAGGGCAUUGUGAUAUGCGUGGACAUAGUAAUAAGCCAGAGCCUAAUCGUGCAUCUCGUGUGGUUGAUGUCGGAUUAGCUUCGAGAGCAACUCGUGUUCGACUAACAUCAACAAUUAAAGGUGCCAGUAUACUAUCUUCUGAUUAUUGGCGCUCAUAAACAUUAAAGGCAAUGCUGAUGCGGAGAAUCAAACCAAAUAUGGUUUGCUUGGCUUGCUUGAUGUCAUCCGCAUGACAAACGCAGAUCUAAAUACACUCGCUCUCGGCUCCGACCUAACCACACUUGGACUUAACUUAAACUCCUCUGAGUGUUUGUAUUCAACUUUUGCAUCACCCUGGGCGGAAGCACCUAUUACACGAGAACCUCAAUUCUCCCUUCCGCUGUGUUACUACAUGCAACCGCCUCCACUAAAAACGCAAUACCUGAGCCAAAACAAGUUGUGUUUAGCCUUACUUACAGCACCGUCUUUCGUGAGUCAUUAUGCAACAUAGGUCACAUUUGUCCAAGUUUCAACUAGAAACACUAUUUUACAUAUUUUAUGCCAUGCCCAAGGAUGUGAGUAACUUACGACGAGUAAAUAAACAAAAUGGGUCUCGAAUAGGUUCUUCAGGCUUAUGCUGCACAAGAGCUGUGAGACCGACCACCAUGUGCAGACUUUCUUGAUAUGGAUGUCAUAGGUACAAUCGAGAAUGGCAGUAUCAUCAGGAUUUGAAACUCUGGCAAUACAUUUAAUAAUCAAAGUCACACAGACUUCGUAUAUAAUAGGUUCAAGCGCAGUUCUUCUGCAGAUGGACUCAAUUUCUCUAAUAACCAAUAUAUAUUUUUUGAUAUCAAAACGUGGGAAUGCCGCGUUUUUUCGAACAUGCAUGCAGCAGGCACUUAGCCAGGGCAAUCCAACGAUUCAUUUGGAGCGUUCAGAUAUCUUAUAGGUAACUUUUCCAGUGGGCUCUUACACGAAGAUAGUGUUCGUGUUAAAUUUAUGAAUUCAUCAUGACUUGGCGUGCGCUCACUCACACAUAUGAUCCUACAAGAGGCGAGCUAUUGGACUGCAUUUGCAUUCCGGGUACUGGACACUUGGAAAUUUAAGUGCAGACGAAUGCAUAUGUAGCUUAAAUCAAUUCAAAGCAAGGAUUUUGUAACAUGGAAAUCGACUCAUGCUUAUACCGCACACACACACUUACUGUGGAGUUUUCUAGUGCAUCAUUAUGAUUAUCAUCGUAAUUUGAAGGUGCGGCAGCUUGUUGGAAACCAAUCUACAAGUUUAUGACUGAAUCUAUUCUUAGUGCAGCCUCUACGUGCAGCUAGUAAAUCCAAGGAUUGCUGCUACAACCCCGACUCGCCGGGGCACGAUCGGCCUGGCCCAGGGACUGUGCUAAAAAAACUCUUGGGGCCUCGCAGCGGAAUAUCGCAGAACGGCUGCGGCUGCCCGUGUAACAGUCUAGCAUGCGUUCGUAGCCCCCCCCCCC